AUGGCAACUAUAAAUAAUAAUAAUACAUCAUUAGAACCAAUAGCUGUUAUAGGUAUAGCAUGUGAAUUCGCAGGUGAUAUUCAUCCACCAAAUGAUUUAUGGUACACAUUAAAAGAAAGUCAAGAUGCUGGUGGUGCAAGAACAAUUGAUCGAUUUGAUCUUGAAUCAUUUAUUGGUCAUAUGCUUAAUAUAAAUAAUAAUGAACAACUUCACCAAAAACUUCUUCGUGAUGAUGCUGAGUCAGCCAAUAUUGAUCCAUGUCAUAAAUCACUUAUAUUAAAAUUUGUUGAUUUACUUGAUGGUGAUGGAUACAGUGUUGAAAAAAUGUCAGAAAGUUUUCUACAACAUUCAUUUAUUGGUGCACAAUCACCUGGUGGAAGAAGUCGAUCAUUUAGUGUUGAUGCUAAUAGUUAUGCUAAAGAUGAUGAUCUUGCUCUUUUAUUAUUAAAACAAUUAAGUGAUGCUGAACGUGAUGGCGAUCCAAUUGAAGCUAAUUAUUUAGAUCGAUUUUUUAAUCGAUCAAAUCUUGAUCCACCAUUAUUAUUAGAUUUAAUUAAAAGUAAUUUAGGACAUACAGAAGGUGCAGCUGGUGUUCUAUCACUUAUUAAAGUUGCUAUGUCUAUUGGUGUUAAUUCAUUCGAAACGGUUGGUUCAACGACACAUUCUAUCAUUGAAGAAUAUCAACCAAUAAAUAAAACAUCAAUUGAAAAUGGUCAUAUCGAUGAUGGAAAUCAUAUUAAAAGCAAACAAGAAUAUUUUAUCUUUAUUUUUUCAAAUCAUAAUGAUGAUCAAGCUUUUCUUCAACGUAUAUCUCAACAACUUCUUCUUAAAAGAACUAUUCGUUAUCAACAUUUAGCAAUCUUUGUUUUUCUUAGUCGUCAACAAUUACAAGAACAAAUUAAUGCUUUUCUUACUGAACAACCAUCACCAGGCCUUUCAAUCAUAUCACGUCCAACAAAACUAUUAGCACAGAAAAUAUGUUUUGUUUUUAGUGGUCAAGGUCCACAAUGGUGGUCUAUGGGUAGACUAUUAUAUGAAAAAGAAUUAAUUGAAAAGAAAAAUGAACAAGAAUCUCGUAUUAAUGAUACAAAUAUUGCUCAACCAGCAUUAUUUGCUAUACAAGUUGCAUUAGCAGCUUUACUUGUUUCUUCGAAUAUUUAUCCAUCAUUUAUAAUAUCACAUAAUGCUGGUGAUCAAGCAGCUGCUUUUGUUGCUGGUUGUUUAACUUUAGAAGAAACUAUUCGUAUGUUAGCUGUUUCAAUGAGUGAAGAAAAUGUAGAAAAUAAACUUCUUAAAGAUAUUGAACAUUUGGCUUGUAUUACUAUUGUUAAUAGUCCUCGUCUAUCAAAUGUAAGACAAACUGUUCGAUUAUAUGAUACUAUAACAUUAAUUAUAAAAGAUGAAGCAGCAAAUGUUUUUCUUGAAAUUUCACCACAUCCAGUUUUAGCAAAAUCAAUUCGUGAAUGUUAUGAAUUAACAAAUCAACAACAAUCACCACUUAUUCUUCCAACAUUGAAACGAAAUGAAAAUGAACAAAUAACAUUACUUACUAGUCUAGUACAACUUACAGCAUCACCUCAAGUAUGGCAACAAUAUUUUCAUACUCGUCAAAUUUUACCGUUGAAAGAUCAUGAAGAAUAUUUUGAUAAUUUUCCAUUAUAUAAAUUUCAUUUGAGUCCAUGUUGGUAUGAAGCAAAAGAUUCAUCUAUACAACGUUUAGCUAAUCGUAUACCUACUCAUCCAUUACUUGACAUUCGUCAAUUAAAUGAUCAAACAAAUCAUAAAAGUCACGAUGCAAUUCUUUUCCCGGUUGUUGCUUAUCUUGAACUUGCAACAGCUGCUUGUCAUCAAUUACUAUCAUCAAAAAAAGAUGAUCAACAACAACCAACAAUUAUUUUUGUAGAUGUUAAAUUUGUUAAAGUACUUAUUUUGAAUGAACAUGAAUUAGUAGAAGUAUUUACACAAAUAAUUAUGCCAAUGCGUGAAUGGUAUAUUUAUAGUCGACCAUGGUCAGUAGCUGGUCCAGAUUGUAUGCGUUCAUCAGGUAUGACUUGUACUGAUGUUGUUGAUUCUUUUCGUGAUCAAAAUAAUCUUAAUAAAUAUUCAGUAAAUCAGUUUACUUUACAUGCUCACGGUAAAAUUGAAAUAGAUUUUAAAGAACAGAAAUCAUUAACAAUACCUCCUAUUAAUACGAUUGAUGAUACAUGGACAACACAAGAUAUAACAAGUGCUUAUGCACAUCUUUCAACACGAGGUUAUCAAUAUGGAUCUAGUUUUCAGAAAAUCAAAACAUUACGUGGUACUUCAACCACAGUUAUAUCUGAAUUAUCAAAUGAACAUGAUGAUAAUAAUGGUUGUUCAUCUUUUUAUUUACUUCAUCCAUCUGUAAUGGAUUCUUCUUUUCAUCCAUUUCUAGUUAUAUUACCAGGUAUUGAAACAACAUUUCUUCCAGUACGUAUUCAAAAAUUUAUUUAUUCAAGCAAAACAAAAGCAAAGAUGAAUCAAUCAACAAAUAUUGAAGCACGUGGAAAGUAUCAUGAUAAUAUAUGUGGUAUAGGUCAAGAAAGAACAUAUAGUCUCGAUUUAUGGAUGUUUUCAAUGGAUAAUAAAAUUGAAGAACCAAUAUUUACAUUUGAAAGUAUUGUUAUUCAAGAAGUUGAAGAUGUAAAAUCUAGUCGAUGGUGA